GGGCACAGAAUGGGUCCGAUGUCAAGUGAGUCGUGACUCAAGACCGAGACUCAGACUUGAAGGAUGGUCACAACAUAUCCUACCAUUACUUUCCAUCAACAACCCUCUCUCAUUGUCAAGUACUACCAGCACAAGAUGAAUGUCCAAAACCUUUACCAUAACUUCAGCUUUCUCCAGAUGAAUGCUGCCGGCCACGUCGUGGGCAAUAACAUUGGCGGAGGUUCGACGGUCCAGAUCAUUUGGGUGGACAAAGUCAAGGCCACAGCGAACCUCUAUGUUGCCGCGGCGAACAGUUAUAUUACGAUCGAUGGAGCAAACCAGGUCGUAGGCGGCGCAAAUGAACAGCUGCUCCAGUUGGACCUGCAGGGAAACGGAAGCUAUGUAAUCCGUAAGGCGGGCGACACUAUUAACAGGCUGCUCCUCGAUAAACUCUCAGGCCCGGUCACCUAUGGUCCGGCUCCUCUCGCGGGCGCUGCGGACUUCAACAAGCAGUACUGGAUGCUCGUUGCGUCGAAGUAGUGAGAUGUUU